CGACCGUAAAGCCCAUCGUCCUAUCUUUCCUCUCCUAAUUCAACACAAUUACAAAAUCAUCUAACUAGACUCGAAACGUAAUACCCCCAAUUAUCACGAAUGAAAAUUCCUCCAAUAAAACGAACAGAACCUGCGCCUAAUUUUUACCUGGACUUCGUCCUCUCAUUACUCGAAAUUCCUCGAAUUUUAUUUAAAAUUCCAAGCUCUGAUAACAUUUUUGUCGCGACACCUUGCUAUGGAAUUAUUUGAAUAACUCGCGCUCCUCUUGGAGGAAACACCAGCUUCUAAUGUGCGCGCACAGAUGGCGCUGGGUGUCGGCUAAUUCAUACAUAACACGCAGCUACACGCGUGUCACGUGAUACGACCACGAUACGGCGUUACGAUAGGUUUCGAGUCACGGCCGUCCGAAGUGCACGUGAGCUUCAAAUGAACGGGCUCUGGUUUCAUUCAGUAACUACCAAGCGGCGGUUCUAUUAGCCGCGUCCUCGUAUACGCGUGUAUAUCUCCGACGAGUGCCAUAUACAACACGCGUCCACACCUGAGGGGCCGAGAUGACGCUACAGGCGAUCAAAUGGGAAAAUGGCAAGUUGGAAAUCCUCGAUCAGAUAUUGUUGCCGGCUAUUUCGCGAUACGUGCCCGUCAAAGGCGUGGAGGAUGGAUGGAAGGUCAUCAACAAGAUGCAGGUCCGAGGCGCACCAGCUAUAGCCAUCGUAGGAUGCCUCAGUUUAGCAACAGAACUGAAGAACGAAGAGUACAGUGACAAAAAGAGUCUUCGACAAGACGUCGAAGGUAAAUUAAAUUACUUGGUGUCCGCUCGUCCGACUGCUGUUAACAUGAAAAUCGCAGCCGACGAAUUAAUUCAGUUGGCCAAUAAACUUAGUAAGGAUCAGACCGUUAAUGUAGCAGAAAUGAAGGAGAGGUUUCUCGACGCUAUAGAAUAUAUGUUGGAGAAGGACAUAGCUGAUAACAGAGCCAUUGGAAAUUACGGAGCCGAAGAGAUCUUGAAGAACGCGUCUGGAGACAAUAAUGUUAGGAUUCUGACGCAUUGUAACACUGGCAGCCUUGCGACAGCAGAACACGCAUAUUGCACAGAAACGAGACCGUACAAUCAAGGAGCGCGACUAACCGCUUACGAAUUAGUGUACGAAAAAAUUCCUGCUACUCUGAUCUGCGAUGACAUGGUAGCAGCGCUGAUGAAGUCGAGAAAUAUUUCCGCGGUCGUCGUCGGUGCCGAUAGAGUAGCUGCCAAUGGCGACACGGCUAAUAAAAUUGGAACUUACCAGAUAGCCAUAGUUGCCAAAUACCACAACGUUCCUUUCUACGUGGCGGCACCGCGAACCUCCAUUGACUUCAGCAUCCCUAGCGGCGACCACAUCAUCAUCGAGGAAAGGCCAGAAAGGGAAAUGACCCAUAUAAAUAACCAACGAAUCGCGGCAGCUGGAAUACAGUGUUGGAAUCCAGCGUUCGACGUAACUCCAGCUAGUCUCAUCAAGGGCAUCAUCACGGAAGUCGGUGUCUUUAGACCCCAAGAUUUGGUACGGUUGAAAACCUAUGAGAACUCAUAAAGUGACGAUCGAUUCGAGCAACGAGUGAAGCUUUUCGAUGCAUUUAUACAGAACGAUUAAUUGGUGAUUCCAAUGUUAAUGAAAAAUUGUUGGCAUGCCUUGUUUAUUUAAAAACUUCGUGUUACAAUAAAAUUGUUGGCAGGUUACGCUUAUUUGAAACGUUAAGUCUAAGAAGCGCAGCAAAAUGUAUCGUACCACGGACGUACGUGUUUGCAUUUAAAAAUGCCUUAUUAACUUCGCUGUGAUUUUUAAAAAUAUAUUUAUAGUGACAAAUAUCUCGAACGGAUAGUUGUGUUAAAAAGAACUUCCAUCGAUCGAACGUGAUCGUGAUCGAAAAAAUAUAAAAUAAUUGAAAACAUAA